AAAAUGCCCAGGAACCCAAACGCUUCCCACAAACAAAUCGAAAAACAAAACCCAAAUUUGAAUUGUGAAAGAGGAAGAAGAUGAACCGGGUCGUGUUGAGGUCGGUGGUCGGAGGUCUCGUCAAUGGCCGGAGCUGCAAUCGCUACAUUUCUACGGCGGUCGCGGUGGAUAGGCCGUUGGAGAGCUCGGAGUUUCUGAGUCGCCAGAACGGCGGGGUUUUGGGAGCGGUUCAGUGGAGGAGUAGGAUGCUGAUGAGCACGUCGUCGUCGUCAGGGCAAGCGACGUCGUUGGCGGAGAAGGAGCAGAAGGAGGAGAAUGAGAGCACAAACGGCAACAAUAGCGUUGACGUUUCGAGCUACUGGGGGAUUCAGGGGCCCAAGAUUAGGAGAGAGGACGGGACUGAGUGGCCGUGGAAUUGCUUCAAGCCGUGGGAGACUUAUGAGGCGGACUUAUCGAUUGAUCUGAGCAAGCAUCAUGUGCCGAAGACAUUUCUGGACAGAGUUGCGUUUAGGACGGUCAAGUCUCUUCGAGUUCUAUCGGAUCUUUACUUCCAGCAACGGCACGGAUGCCAUGCAAUGAUGCUGGAAACCGUGGCAGCAGUCCCCGGUAUGGUAGGAGGAAUGUUGCUGCAUUUGAAGUCUCUCCGCAAGUUUGAGCACAGCGGCGGUUGGAUCAAAGCUUUACUUGAAGAGGCAGAGAACGAGAGGAUGCACCUGAUGACGGUGGUGGAACUUGUGAAGCCCGCCUGGCACGAGAGGCUUCUGGUUCUUGCCGUGCAGGGUGUCUUCUUCAAUGCCUUCUUCGGGCUUUAUCUGGCUUCCCCCAAACUGGCUCAUAGGGUUGUCGGUUAUCUGGAGGAGGAGGCUGUGUUCUCCUAUACAGAGUACUUGAAGGAUAUCGAAAAUGGCAAAAUUGAAAAUGUAAAGGCUCCUGAAAUUGCAAUCGAUUACUGGAGGCUGCCUAAAGGCGCGACACUCCACGAUGUUAUAACUGUGAUUCGCGCUGAUGAAGCUCACCAUCGCGAUGUCAACCAUUUUGCAUCUGAUAUUCAUUUUCAGGGAAAACAAUUGAGAGACGCACCAGCUCCCCUUGGAUAUCACUAAGGUAGCUUUGUAUGUGAAGAAUUAAUUAAAGAGUUGCUUGUAUUUCCUCAUGUAAUCUCUCUUGUAUGUGGACAGUUGAUACAUGUACACCAAGUUCCAACACCGAUUGUUUUCGAGUGUAAAAAUUUCGUUUCGAUUGAAUUUAAAUUGCCUAUGUUGUAAUCUAAAUUAUUGUUUCUUGCCAACAAUAGUUGAAUAAACAAAAUCCGCCAAAUACUGUUUGACGGAUUUUGGCAGUUUAGUAAUGAGAAGGAAAAAAGAUAAGUUUUGAAAGCAA